AUGAUGUUCCCUCACCCUGGCACAAGUAGUAUGCUCCCGCCACCACCGCCUUCUUCUUUUCAACACUCUCAGAGUAACGUCGCUUUGUCCGCGUUAGCCGAGAAUAUGAACAACGUGGGUUUUAUGGGAAAUUUCUCGCACUAUCCUGGAGCAAUGGGAUUUAAAAGCGCUUCGUCGUCUGCCAGUGGCUCGCCGUCAGCAUCGCCCUCGUUUCCCAACAGCACCCUACCGACCCACCACUCGCAGAUCGAUAACGUCGGUCUCUUGUCCGGCUUUCCUCGCUACCAAAGUUCGAUGGGUUUUAAAAGUAGCCCUUCGUCCGGCUCCCCUUCUUUUCCCAACUGCACGAUACCGCCUCCACCGCCGCCGCCACCGCCUCCUUCGGCUGCCGCCAUCGCCGCAGCCCACGCAGCUGUCUCUCAGCAACCCUCAGGUCUGGUCAUGGCCUCAUCGUCUUCCACACCUACAAUGAUUCCCAUCCAAGUUAAUUCUCACCAGUCGUCCGGUACGACUGCUAACAACAAACAAUCUGGUUCGACUUAUUCCAGCCCCCGAUCGAGUCUUGGUAGCGGGGGCGGUGGUGGGGACUCCAAAAACUCUAGUCCUCGGACCAGCCUGAUCAGUCCCCAAGCUGCUGUCGCACCUGCACCCUUACCGCUGGUGUAUGAAACGCGUUUCGGCAGUCCUCGAUCGAGUAUCACUAGUUCUAGAUCCAGCAUCAGUGCUGGCUCUGCGGAUUCGAAACAUUCGAGUCCCAGGGCUAGCUUGACUGGACCUUUAUACGACCGCUUCCCUAGCCCCCGAGGGAGCCUCGUGAUGACAGGCCAUGACAGACCGAUGGGACCACAACAUGCUGACGGCGUCAUCUCCUCCAGCACGUACCCGGUUCAUUUGAAUCAAGCUGUGAUGAUGCAAUCUCCAGGUGGGACCAGGUCAAUUCUAGGGGACAGCAGAUUUAACGAACCAGCCCCACCCCACAUUUUUAACGAUCCUAGGUACCGAACACAUCCGAUUAUUAUAUCUUCCUCUCCCUCGACAUCACUAAGUGAUGUGACCACUGAUGUGUCAUCACAACCUAUUUAUGCUAAUACUGUCCAGCUUUUGCAAACUUCCACGGUUCCUCCUUCUACUACUGCUACAAAUCAGGGCCAAACUACAAGCAGUAUGACUGGCGGUGGCACUACCAUACUCAAGCCUAAUUUACAAAGUUCUAAUAUGGGAGUUCGCCUGCCUCUAUACUAUGAAACCAUACCUCCCAAACAGAGUGGACCUUCGGAAGCUGAAAAGAAACUGGCGGUUUUGACUCAACAGCUUGAGAAUGAGAUGCGUAUCUCAACGACACCCCGUAAAUCAACGGACAUCCCCAAAGAACCCCCACCUCCAUAUCAUGGACCCCACAAGACCGAACCAAUGCCGGGCAGUUCUAGUUCGGCCAGGACCCCUGUGAAAUAUGCCAGUGCCCCUUUGAGUGUAGCGAAUGACACCACUUCAGUGGCUAGUCAGUCGACCACCUCACAUGGAUAUAAUUCACCUACCAUGGAGAAUACCCCGAAAUCGAAACCCACUUUGCCUCACCUUACAUAUCAAGUGACCCCUGGACCUAGUAAAGGUCCAUCUGAGGCGGAGAAGAAAUUAGCUGCUCUUACACAGCAGUUGGAAGAUGAAAUGGAAAAUAAUCCCCAAGGAGAAUAUUAUGUGACUUGUAUCUUUGUAACAACUGAAUCAAUAUAUUUUUUUCUCUUUCUUUCUUUAUCUUUUUUGCCUUCUCCUCUUUCUUUAUCUUUUUUGCCUUCUCCUCUUUCUUUAUCUUUUUUGCCUUCUCCUCUUUCUUUAUCCUUUUUGCCUUCUCCUCUUUCUUUAUCUUUUUUGCCUUCUCCUCUUUCUUUAUCCUUUUUGCCUUCUCCUCUUUAUCUUUUUUGCCUUCUCCUCUUUCUUUAUAUUUUUCUCCUCCUCCUCGCUUUCUAUUUCACUCACUCACUCUCCAUAUACAGUUUUAAAUUCUAUUGA